UGAUGGAGAGGACUGUGGAGGACCAGAACCAGCCAGGAACUCACAUCCACUUUUACAACCAGAGACUGACCACAAGGCUUCAGACUCUUCAGAGACUGAAGUCAGUGAUGGUGAUUGGGAGGAGAGCACUCAGUCAGGUUUAAACUCUCUGAAGAAUGAUGAAGUCACCAUCGGUGAUAUUACCUGUACUUCCGUUGAGAGAUCGUUCAACUGCUCUGAGUGUGGUCAAAGAUUCGGCCGCAAGCCACAUCUGUACGCACACAUGAGAAUUCACACCGGGGAAAAGCCUUUUAGCUGCUCUUUCUGCGGCAAAAGAUUUUCUCAAAAGGGGAACUCAAUCAGUCACAUGAGACUCCACACGGGAGAGAAGCCUUUCAGCUGCUCGGUGUGUAAAAAGAGUUUCCGAUACAGCGGAGAUGUCAGCAGACACAUGAGGAUCCACACAGGGAAGAAAAGGCUCAGAUGCAACAUUAGCGACACAGGAUCAGAACCGGCGGGGAACGUGGAGCCACAAAGUAAUUCACAGCCGGACGCUGACGAUAAGCGGCCCGAACGAAAAGCCAAAGUGAGCGACGAAGGUUGGGAUGAGAGCGGAGAGCCUCUCUCAGGGUCAAACUCUGACGAUGCCUCCGAGGAGGGACGCAACGCCGAGAAAGAGUCGUUCAGCUGCUCUGAGUGCGGGAGAACGUUUUGUCGCAGGGACCACCUGAUGAGCCACAUGAGAACGCACACCGGAGAGAAACCGUUCAGCUGCUCUGUGUGUCAGAAGCGUUUCAGCUGCAGCGGAAACAUUUUGGCACAUAUGAGGAUUCACACGGGCGAGAAGCCGUUCGAGUGCUCGUUUUGCAACAAGAGCUUCAGCCAGAAAGGAACGCUGCAGCUCCACGUGAGAAUUCACACAGGAGAGAAACCAUUUGGUUGCCCCUUUUGCGAUAAAAGAUUUGCGCACAAAAGACGCAUGACGCUGCACAUGUCGGUCCACACGGAGGAGAAGCGUUUCAGCUGCAGCGCUUGCGACAAGCGGUUCACGUGGUACACGCAGCUGAAGACCCACAAGUGUGUCAGCGAGUCGUCGCAGCGACAGCGGCAGAGUCCGAGCAAAAAGGCUCGAGCCGAGGAGUCGUUCAGCUGCUCCGAGUGCGGGAAAACUUUCAGCCUGAAGGGCAACCUGAAGACACACAUGCGGAUUCACACGGGAGAGAAACCGUUCAGCUGCUCCGUCUGCGGCAAAGGCUUCAAACAGAACGUGCACCUGACGGAGCACAUGACCAUCCACACCGGGGAGAAACUGUAUAAGUGCAGCGUUUGUGGAAAAGGAUUCAAUAAGAAGUCGCUCGUCAAGAAACAUCCUUGUGUUUAAUCCCUUUUGUCAGCUUUUGAUCACAUCCUGACCUUUGGUGUGUGUGUGUGUG